GCAGCAGAACGUUGUGGCGAACGUUUCAUAUCGAGGGGAACGCGCGCAUUCUCCAAAUGUCGUAGAGUUGGAUUCGAAAUUCGGCAUCGCCUUGUGAAGUGGAAUUAAGUAAUUUUGAACAAAUCGUCUAAAUGGGCAGGCCAAUCAAAUUGAAGCAUGUCCAGACCAAAGACGUUCGAGACGCCGCAACCAGCUGCUAAAGUUUCCAGUUUGGAUGUGGUCAAGUCAUGUCUUCGCGGCGCAGCUCCUUUCGACGGAGAGAGAAGCCGGCAUUUGAGCGCUUCAAGGAUCACUGCCGUCACUUUACGGCGUUUAUGUUCAGCAAUGUGGGCAUCAUUCUGUUGGUGACAUUCUAUACCAUUGGCGGCGCCUUCAUCUUUCAGGCUAUUGAAAUUUUCGAAUAUGAAAAACUGAAGUCAAACAAACCACAUCGUUUCAUUGAGCGCAACUUUAGUGGAGAUUGUCUCAAUCGCAUCUGGGAACUGACAGCCGAGAAUAUUAGUUUCUUUGAUCAUCAGGCCUAUAGAAAACGUGUUAAUGAAGUGCUUUUGGAGUAUCAACGGGCUGUUGUAAAGAAACAGUUGCGGGGACCAGAUGUGGAUCAUCAGUGGAGCUUCUCUGGCGCCUUUCUCUACUCGCUGACUGUAAUCACGACCAUUGGCUAUGGCAACAUAACGCCCACCUCCGAUUGGGGCAAACUGGUGACCAUUCUGUAUGCCAUCAUUGGCAUGCCACUCUUUCUGCUCUAUUUAUCCAACAUAGGCGAUGUGCUGGCCAAAUCAUUUAAGUGGAUCUACUCCAAGGUCUGUCUCUGUCGGAUUUGUCCUGGCGUCGCCAAGAGACGCAUAAUACGAGAGCGACGAAAACUACGUCAACUAGCGAGGGCUUUGCAGUUGCAUAAGAUGGAAAGUGCACGUGGCAGCAGCAGCAACAGUUGCUCUAGCAACAGCAACAGCACAAGUAACAGCACAAGUAACAGCAGCAGCACCAGUAGCAGUGACUACACCAAGAGUUCAGUACAAACAUCCAGCGUGUUGGAUGUGCCCUACACAGAUUCAGAUUCAGAUAUAGAACGUGAGAUACGCGGCAGCACGGAUGAGAUAACAGUGCCGCUAACAGUGUGUGUCUUUGUGAUGGUCAGUUAUAUACUAUCGGGUGCCAUCCUUUUUGGACGCUGGGAGGAUUGGAAUUAUCUGGAUGGCAGCUACUUCUGUUUCAUCUCAUUGAGCAGCAUCGGAUUUGGCGAUUUGGUGCCCGGUGAUCGUGUGAUAACCGCCGAUAAAGACAAGGUCGAAGUGAGCUUCAUUUUAUGUGCCGUUUAUCUGCUGCUGGGCAUGGCCUUGAUUGCCAUGUGUUUCAAUUUAAUGCAGGAACAAGUUAUUCAUAAUAUGCGCGCAAUAAAGCGUGGAUUCAAGGCGUGCUUCCGUUGCCGCAGCUCCUAGUAAUUUAUUUAUCUAUCAUAGGCCCGACUUUUAGUUAAUGUAGAUUUGUAUAUAAACUGUAGCAAGAAUGUGUUCCUUGGUAAAUCAAUCUUAUAUAGUCCUAAGUCAAUAUACUAAAUUUAGUAUACUUAAGUAGUCUAGAUCUUAUUUAUAAUAAUUUAAGAUUAGAUUUCUAGAUACGCUGCCCGUUGGCCAUUCCUCUAAAUUCUAUUCAAAUUGUCCAACAUAUUGAAAAUAUAAUGGGGAAAUGCUUUUCGGUAAAAUUUA